GAAUCCUUGACCCACUGCGUGAGGCCAGGGAUCGAACCUGCAACUUCAUGGUUCCUAGUCGGGUUUAUUAACCACUGCACCACGAUGGGGACUCCUAAAUUUCUUUUCUUCACCCUAGAUCAUUCUAGUAAAUCUGCUGGAGAGACUUAUUAGAAUAAAUUUAGAGCGUUUGUGUACAAAGGGUGGGAAUUUGGCAGCAUGUGCAGAGGUGUGUAUGCAUCGGUUCCAAGUAGAAAUUCCAUUUUCUGUAAACCCUGCCUUCUCAGCUUAUCUCAGUGGAUUGUUGUAACUCUGUUUUAGUGGGAACAAGUGUGAUGAGGUCAGAGGGGAGUGAGGGUGCGGAUUUAAGUAACGAAACAAGGAAUGUGCGCGUCUUUGGUUGCAGUGGAACCGCCAAAUAUCGGGAUUAAUAAGGGUGGAGGGGACGGAGCUGUGUCCUGCCUUCUUUCGCCCUUUGCCUGCACCUGCGCAGACAGCCCUGCUUCAUGGGAUGCUGCAGAGGCCAACCGAGCAGGAGCUGCCCAGUUCUGUUUCCCAAGCGUAGCCUUGGUUCCCUAAUCCCCAUCCCUCCUGGGCAUCCAACCUUCUGUUCAAAGUCGGUGUGAAUGAAGAGUCUGCCACUUUACAUAGUUGGUGUGCCAGAGUGACCGGCUGAUAUGUGGAAUUUCAGGGCAUCCUGGGAGCUCCUGAACCCCUCCUGUCGUGCCCGGGUCGUCUGAGGUCUCCUGUAGUAAAGGAAUCAGUGGAUGAGGAAAGAAGGAAGGAAAUUUGGUACAGGGCACCCAUUUCUUUUUCUGUCUUUUUUUUUUUUUUUAAUAUGAAUUCGGAAGUUUGUGGCCUUUGGCCAUUUCAUCAGGGAGAAGAAAAUUGCUCUCUGCAGUUUUGGGGGUGUCCCUUUGAGACCACUUACCAUUUCACUGACCUUUAGCUUCAGGGUUCUGUCUACCACAGGAUGGUGGCUGUGGCCCACGGGUGACAGCACAAGGGUUGACAAAAGGCACGGAGACUUGAGCACCAGGGUGGGUGGUAACCGAGGCAGCGAGGGGGUCAGGAGAGCAGCGCCAUUCACACAGGUGAUGACAGGCCCUUUGCCUGUUUGCUCUCUGUGUUCUGGCUCACGUAAAAGUGGUAGUUCCUCGUGUUGAGAUGAAUUAAGAUAGUUACUCUUGCUUUUUAUUUCGUCAUAAGGAGCCAGGAACUGCGUCAGAUUUUUAGUCGCUAUACUUAGAGUAAAAUCCGUAACCUGAAAAACAUUGUGGGGUGGCUUCAUAGGGGUCUCAGUUCUGCGUAUGGAAGGUACGGCCUCUUAAAGCUUUGACCUUCCGUUCUUCUAAGUAUAACACUACAGAUAGAAACACAGGUUCUAAAUUACAUAGAGAGGCAGAAAACUGGGAGCCCCCCUGUUGGUGAGCCAGGAGCUAGAGAGGUGGGCGUGGGGGCCAGGAGCCAGCGGAAGCCCCGCAGCAGAGGGACGAGGUCCAAGACGGCGUCGGUGGCCAGGGUGAGGCCCAUCAGUCCUUGUGACCUCGGGCAACUUAUUAACCUUUGAGACCUGUCCUUUCCUGGAGGACAGGGGCAGCAGUGUUGUGGUGCUUGUGAAAAGUGAAAUUGUAAGCCUUAAAAAAGGAAUUCACCAGAAAAGUGAAAUGUGGCCUAUAAGGCUAGAGGAACUUGCAUUUUUCAGCCCAGGCAAGUAGAGGGUACGUCCAUCAAACAUUCACCAUUUCAGCACUUAUUCAUCUGCUGAGUGCCUGGCUCAGUGUCAUGCUUGGCGGGGGUGUGUGUAUCUGUGUGUGUGAAAACAACGUUUAAAUGAACACUGACCAAAUUUAGUUUAGCUCAGCAAAAUUUUAUAAAGCACUUCCUGGAUGCCAGUCACUCUGGGGGGGGUGUGUGUGUAUGUGUGUGUGUGUGUAAAUACUGAGGUGCUCUCUGUGCUCCCAAGAAACUCAGACUGCUCAUUUCAAUCUGGAACAUUAGGCUUUUUGAAAGAGGCAUGUACUAGCUCAGGCUGUCAUAACAAAAUAUCGUUAAUUGUGUGGCUGAAACAACAGGAACUUAUUUCUCACAAUUCUGGGGGCCGGAAGUCCCUGGUUAAGGGGCCACCCGCUGAGGGUCCCUGGAGAAGGUUCUGUUCUGGCUCGUAGAUGGUCACCUUUUCGCUGUGUCCUCGCGUGGGAGGUCAGCGCUCUGCUCCCUCCUCUCAUUAGGGCCCCUCGUUGUUUCCCAGAGGCCCGUCUCUCUCCAGAUGCUGUCACGUUGGGAGUGAGGGCCCCGACAUAGGAAUGUUGAGGGGGCACAGGUCAGCCCCUCGCAUUCUGCUCUGGACCCCAGCAUUCAUGCCCUUCUCACACUCAGAAUACUUUGGUUCUACCUCAGCAGCCACUGGAGCCUGAACCCUGUAUCCCCUCCACCAUCCAGAGCCUCAUCUGGGUGUCAGCGACGUGAGGCGGGAGUGACACUGGAGGAGAAUCCGUCUUGGGCAGAAUUCCUCGCCACCCGUGAGCCUGUGCACCGGGUAGGUUAUGUGCUUCCAGCAUGUACUGCGGAGACAGGCACAGGGCAGACAGCCCCCCGACCAAAGAGGGGAGGGGAGAGGAGAGCAGGAGGGGCCGGCCUGUCCACAGGUUAGCAAAUCAAAUGCCGACAGAUCUGGAGACUUGAGAAUAAUCCUCUUUGGUUUGAUGCUUUGCCUUCUGGGCUCAUUGGCCUGGAGGUUCCACCUCUGCUGGGCUGUGCCGCCAGGGCCCUGGCAGCUGCUGCCUGGCCUGUUGAAACCUGGGUGACAGCCACCCGUUUUUGACACUGAGGAGGCAGCCCUGAUGCUCUCUGUAUGGCCUGGAAAGCAGUAGGACAAAAAUUAGAGGGGGCAGAAGACGGGAGGAGUCAGUAGGUUGCUAAACCAGUACGGAUCAGGACGGGGCUCUAGGUCCGUGUUCAUGGGGCUUCUCCCGAGUGAGAGCCUCACUCGGGAGAAGUGACCUUAGGGUGUGGAGCGUGUGCGUGUCAUGUCAGAAAGGACCCGAGGCUGGGCGUGGAGGGCAACGGCUGAGGCGGCGUUUGGGAGGCUGCUGUGGAAGGCUGCUCAGGCCCUCCUCCCGGCUGGCGUGUUCCCUGGAAGCUGGCAGACGUCUGGCCGGUGCUGCACGCGGUGGGAGGAGCAGGCCGCGGACCAGCUGAUGUCCCUUUCAGCCUGGGGGGUCAGGACGCUCAUGAAAGGUCCAGAUCCACAGCUUGACUGCUGUGUGCACGUCUCACUCAGUUGGAGGAUUCGAAGCAGCAGCCUGAGCGUCAGAAGGUCUUCUCUCCUGACCUUCGCUUCUUGUUCCUGUCCGCGAAUGGGCAGCAGCUCUCUGUUCUUGGUUGAUGAUGUGUGGUUGUCCGAUAGGACUCGGCCUGUCGUGUGGUGUGUCUAGGAUUUCAUUGGUUUGGCGGGGAGAGGAUGCUCAUGGGGUAUUCCAUCCCUAAGGAAUGAAAUGACAUGCCUGGUCGUCACUGGAAGCGUCGCACACUCCUCUGAUGGAACUGGGGACUCUGGACUGGAACUCCUGGAGACCGUGCCGCAGGCUGCCUUCCCAGGGUCCCGAUGUGGCUGAGGGACUCCACUGCGUCAUCUGAGGAAGGAUAAGGUUGACACAGCUUUGCUUUUUUCUUUACUGAAGUCUCUCCCUCCGUGAUCAAGCUUGGAUAUACCUUCUUACAGCACAUGACACACAGAAUGGAGCCGGGUCAAAAGGUGGAUGCGGCCGGCGCCCUGCAGCCCAACCCCCCGCUGAAGCUGCACCCCGAGCGCAGCGCGGGGCCCGCGGUGCUCGUCCCCGAGCAGGGCGGCUACAAGGAACGGUUCGUGAAGGCCGUGGAGGACAAGUACAAGUGCGAGAAGUGCCGCCUGGUGCUGUGCAACCCCAAGCAGACCGAGUGUGGCCACCGCUUCUGCGAGACCUGCAUGGCCGCCCUGCUGAGCUCCUCCAGCCCAAAAUGCACCGCGUGUCAAGAAGGCGUCGUCAGAGACAAGGUGUUUAAGGAUAAUUGCUGCAAGAGAGAGAUUCUGGCUCUUCAGAUAUACUGUAGGAAUGAAGGCAGAGGCUGUGCAGAGCAGUUGACGCUGGGACAUCUGCUGGUGCAUUUGAAGAAUGAUUGCCAGUUUGAGGAACUUUAUUGUGUUCGUGCCGACUGCAAGGAGAAAGUACUGAGAAAAGACCUGCGUGAUCACGUGGAGAAGGCCUGUAAAUACCGUGAGGCCACGUGCAGCCACUGCAAAAGCCAGGUCCCAAUGAUCACAUUGCAGAAACACGAAGACACCGAGUGUCCCUGCGUGGUCGUGUCCUGCCCGCAUAAGUGCAGCGUCCAGACCCUUCUGAGGAGCGAGUUGAGUGCACACUUGUCAGAGUGUGUCAAUGCCCCCAGCACCUGUAGUUUUAAGCGCUAUGGCUGCGUUUUUCAGGGGACAAACCAGCAGAUCAAGGCCCACGAGGCCAGCUCUGCAGUACAGCACGUCAAUUUACUGAAAGAAUGGAGCAAUUCUCUAGAGAAAAAGGUUUCCUUGCUGCAGAAUGAAAGUGUAGAAAAAAACAAGAGCAUACAGAGUUUGCACAACCAGAUCUGUAGCUUUGAAAUUGAAAUCGAGAGACAGAAGGAAAUGCUGCGAAAUAACGAGUCCAAAAUACUUCACUUACAGCGAGUAAUAGACAGCCAAGCAGAGAAACUGAAAGAGCUCGACAAGGAGAUCCGUCCCUUCCGGCAGAACUGGGAGGAGGCAGACAGCAUGAAGAGCAGCGUGGAGUCCCUGCAGAACCGGGUGACCGAGCUGGAAAGCGUGGACAAAAGCGCGGGCCAGGCAGCUCGCAACACAGGCCUGCUGGAGUCCCAGCUGAGCCGGCACGACCAGAUGCUCAGUGUCCACGACAUCCGGCUGGCCGACAUGGACCUGCGGUUCCAGGUCCUGGAGACCGCCAGCUACAACGGCGUGCUGAUCUGGAAGAUCCGGGACUACAAGCGGCGGAAGCAGGAGGCCGUCAUGGGGAAGACGCUGUCCCUCUACAGCCAGCCCUUCUACACCGGCUACUUUGGCUACAAGAUGUGCGCCAGGGUCUACCUGAACGGGGACGGCAUGGGCAAGGGCACACACCUGUCGCUGUUUUUUGUCAUCAUGCGUGGGGAGUACGAUGCUCUGCUCCCCUGGCCGUUCAAGCAGAAAGUGACGCUCAUGCUGAUGGAUCAGGGGUCCUCCCGGCGGCAUCUGGGAGACGCCUUCAAGCCGGACCCCAACAGCAGCAGCUUCAAGAAACCCACGGGGGAGAUGAAUAUUGCCUCUGGCUGCCCAGUCUUUGUGGCCCAGACUGUGCUAGAAAAUGGGACCUAUAUUAAAGAUGACACCAUUUUUAUUAAAGUCAUAGUGGAUACUUCGGAUCUGCCUGACCCCUGACCAGUCCUGGGGAGGUGGAUUGGGCAGAAGGCAACUCCUCUGGGGGUUUGAACCGACUGUCUCCACCGAGGUCCUCGCGCUCGGAAAAGGACCUUGUGGACGGAGGAAGCGGCGGAAGGCGGCCUCGGGCCGGCGAGAGGAGCCACACGUGAGGACCUACUCGACACGCUUUCUAACAGACUCGCAGCCCUUCGCUCUGAAGAGGUAUUUGUCCUUCGCCGAGACAGAUACUGCUGUCAGAGAAGGGUUUCCUUUCCAUUUUUAAAGAUCUAGUUAAUUAAUUAAGGUGGAAAACAUAUAUGCUAAACAAAAGAACCAUGAUUUUUCUUCCUUAAACUUGAACACCAAAAAAAGAACACACACGCACACACACACACACACUCGCACACACACACGCACACACACACCUGGGGACAGCUGGACGUGUCAGCAUGUUAAGUAAAAGAAGAAUUUAUGAAAUAAUAAUGCAAUUCUGAUAUAUUCAAAAAUUCAAGAGUACAGUCUUGUUUCAAAUAUAGUAUAUUGUCUAUUUUUAAGGCCUCAUCUGGUCUCUGUUUUAAUAAUUUGUUUGUCAGAGGACCCUGACGUUACACUUAGGUCUUUUUUGAAAGCCUCUAAAUUCCGAAUCACUUUUUAAUUUAAAGUUCUAAGAUAAUUGUUACUGCAAACAUUUUCCUUUAAAACGUUGAUAGACUGAUAUUUCUUGGAAGAAAAUGUAAAGUAUCAAACACUGGUUAUCACUUGUGAUAGGAACGCGAAUAUCCAACCCGUUGUUAUUUCUCGUUAGAAAUGUGAACCUCCACUAUCUGUCGUAGUUAAUGACACUACUGCAAAAUUACUAUGAAAGGAGAACUGCUCAUGGAUGCUGUGCAUCAUUUUCAGGUCUACACUUGUUUUCACCCUAAAAUAGGGCAUUAGUUGAACUUUGGAGUUCUAAACAAAAUCCUCUAGGUUUUUAAAAUUCUGCCCCAUGUGUUCAGACAAGCGCUCUGUGCUGACAACACCGACCUUCCGUGUCCCGUGUCCGGGGUGGGCAGCUGACUUGUGCUGAAGGAGGCCACAGCAGAUGCGUUUCUUCAUCCUGUCCCGUUGCUGCAUUUGUUAACCUUUGCGUGGGGGGGUGGCGUGCUGUACAUGUGCCUUAGCUGUGACAUGCUGCUUCUUGACCCCAGCUCUGUGCUCCCCGUGAUUCCAGAAGGUGAUUGUGCAACCAGACUUUCCUCUUGACCGCUAGACCGUUGCCUCUUCCAGGGCCCUCACUGGGCCCUGCACCUGCAGACGAGGCCGGGCCCUGUCCUCGGCUUCCAGAGCCUCCACUGCUUAAUUAUCACAGAUUCCCAAUCUCUAGGCCCCCAGAGUGAGCCGCCUGGUCCAAGCGCAGGCAGGAGCAGGGAGUGGGGCGGAAGCGGCGCCCCUCCGAGUCCCUGGGCUGUGGCGCCACGCCGUCCAAAGCAGCGCCCCCGAGCAUUCCAGAGACCCCCCCCCCGGGGGCCACCCAGGCUGACCGGCAGGCGGCCCGGAGCUGCCCCUCUCUUGGGAGGGGUGGUCUCGGGUCUGCCGUGCAGCCUGCACCUGCCCGGACGGCUGUUCUCACCCGUUUACCUUCUCUCAAUGGUCCAACUGUGACAGAAGCGGGGCCCUGCCCCUGUGCCCCUGCUAUGCACCACGCCUCAUGGGUGCUCUUACCACUGAUGGGUGCUACACGUGACGGGUGCUUCUUCGGCAAAACCAAUGUGUGUGAACCGCCGCAUCUGUGCCACUCACCCAAAAGACGCGCCCACGAUUGGCCAGCUGGGCCGCGCACCUCAGACUGCCUGCCUCCGGGCUCCCCGCGGCUGCGCGGGGUGGCUGGGUGGUGCCCGGUGGCCCCCAUGUCUCUGGUGCUGCCACCUGCCCUGGGUGUGCCUUCGCCCCGGUGCCUGCUGGAAGCGCCCCUCUCCACACUGUCGAGAGCCUCCAUAAGUGACCUCACCGGGUCCGAGCACCUCUGCUGUGCCCUUUGGCAGAUAAAAUGCUCAGUUGUCUUCAUCUUCUUCCCUUUCCCCGCUGCCCAGGGCUGGCUGUGGCGGCGAACCGGGGUCGUGGGUUCUGCCCAGUACGGAGUCGCGUGUCCCCACUCAACGAGGACCUCCUGUGGGUGCUGCGGGACCCCUGUGCCCUCGAAGGUGCCCGACCUCCUCCAGGCCUUGACCUGGUUCUGCCCAGAGGCCCAGGGAGGGGGGACGCCCGGCAGGCCCUUCCCGGCCUCGGGUGGCUUUCCUGAGCCAGGGGUUACCAGCAGGGACCCCCUGCCACGUCCUCCUCUCCCGAAAGCACUGACGCUGCUAACGCUUUUGGGAUGAGCGGCAUCUUGGUCUGGCAAAAAAAGCAGCUCCCCUCCCCUGGGCUGAAGUCCUGCUGGGGGCGGCCGGCCGGGGGGCCCUGGGGACUUCACCAGUGGCUCCUCCUGGUGGGAGGCGCCGGGAGUCCUGGCCGCCCCCCGGGGACCCGAGCGGCUAGCUUGGGUGCGGCGGUGGCGAGAGCUUCACGCUGUGGCUCGGUGAAGGUUGCUGGUGACGGUUGGUGGCGUGUGGGGUCGCAGGCCCUUUGGCCACUCCGUGUGCACCUGCCACUCGCGCACGCGAGCUUGCACAGUCCAUCCUGACGUUCGGUGCUCGCCGCCGGGCCGGCCUCCCUCUGCUGGGGCCCCAGCGACAGGGCCGGAGUCAGACGCCGUGCGUGGCUGUGCUUUUCCCAUUGACUGAACAGGACAGACUCCCCACAGAACAAACUCCCAGUCCUUUAGAGGAGCCGCACCAGGUCCUGUGCUGAGGUGGCUGUCGCCUGUCCCGGGAGUGACAACCAGGCCUGGCCCACCUGCCCUGCAGCUCUGGACACGGCGGGCCGGCGCAGUGGCCAGCGGGGCCCGGCCUGCAAGAUGGGGCCAGGGCGGCCGGAGCGGCUCACCUGGGCCUUUUUUACAGGUUAGGGUUUCAGUUUCCUGGUUUGUAGAUGACAAGGAGACAAGUAGGGGUUCGUGUAAAUUGUUUGAAGACGUGCGACCCAGGAGAGUGGCGCCGACCCCAGAGAGCGAGUCGGGGGCGUCAGCUGUGCAGGUGGACAAGGAGGGCUCUGUGAGGGCAGCUGUCCCCCCAAGUCCCAGCCCGGCCCCAGGGCCCAGCCACCGGCCGGGUGAGGGGGAGACUCUCGGCCAGGCGGCUGUUUCCCCACCUCCCGGUGCCCGCCCUGUCCUGGGCCCCGAGGACUGUGGGCUGCAGGAGACCCGCCCUCCCUGGUGGCCGACUCCACCGGGCCUUUCAGACCCCGGCCAGCUCCAGUGGCCUCCGCCCGGCCCUGUGGCCACCUUGGCCAGGACGGUGCAGCCCCUCCCCAACCAGCUCAUCUGCUCCAGGGUCCCGAGCCGCCUGGGGCCGCCAGUCACCCUCGGUCUGGUGAGGGUGCUGGGCCUGGCACCCGAGCCUGUGGGCAACGUCAGGCAGAGGAAGGGGCAGCCGAACAGACCCUUAAACAGAACAGGGUCCGAAGUGGGGCCUUUCCUGGUCAGCCCACGGGGACAGGGAGAGGGGCAGGACCCCAGUGCGCCCUGGGGCGCAGUCCCACCUUCUUCCCGGAGUGACGUCAUCCUGUGCUGGACGCAGGCCUUUCCGGCCCCAGCAUCUCUGCCAGGCUCCACAGGCUUGGUCUGGGGGUCAGAGCCCUCGUGGGCCCCUUGCCCACACCUCCACCCUCCAGCCUGUCCCCGUGCUUGCGUGAUCAUCAGUGCUAGAAAGGGCUCAGGCAGAGCUGUCAACUGCUGUUUUUUUUUUUACUUCUAGUCCAGACCCUUACCGCUCAGGCCGCAGAGGGGAGCGGGGGCGUCCUGGGAGCUCCUCUGCUCUGCGACGAUGGGGGUUCUGUCCCCCAGUCCACUUCUCAGCCCGAGACCAUGCUCCUGUUUUCUCUUCGCACAUCUCGGUAGUCCUGUGUUUUCCAAAGUAGAACGUGUCCACUAGGGUCCAGGUCCCAGGAGCUCAGCGUGAGGCCCCCUGUGGGCAGGUGACCCGGUCGUCUUUACUGUCUGCCGGGCGGAGCGGGUUGUCGCCAGGGAGCCAGGCGGUAGGGGGGCGGAGGCCCGGACGUGUCCCUGGUGUUUCUCUGGCCUUGGGAGACCCGGGCCGCAGGUGGUCGGUCCCGCUGGGGCCCCAAGCAGUGCUUGCCUUUCAUUUCUGCUGCGGCUGCUGUGUGUAGUCUGUCUCGUGAGCGCGUGCGGAAGGGGUGAAGCCCGGACGGCUGUUCCACUCCUGCGAUUCGCGGUGGCGGCUCCUAACUCAGUCCCCUAGACCAGGGCGGUAACCUUCAACAGCAAACUCAACGACUCAAUUGGUAAACGCAAAAGCUGGCGCCACUCCCAAGGAUGUCUCUGCGAAUCCCCUGUAGAAUCACACCCGUGGGGGAAGGACUCACGGUCGAGCAGCUUCUGUGGUGAAGGAAGUGUGCGCUCCACGGAGACGCCGGGUAGCGUUUUCAGAGUCGGUUCUCUCUCUGAUGGCACACCUCUUCGUUCAGUUCUGUUACCCAAAACAAAGACCAAAGAAGGCCAAUCUCCCAUUUGACUCUUCUUAACCUGCCUGUGUUAAAACUCGCCGUCUGUAGUAACCGCUCGCUGUGAGGACCCAUCUCGACAGUCCAAGUGAUCGCGACCAGUGACUCAUGUCCCGUGUUUCUCUGCUCUUCUAAGAAAAAGACAAAAAUCUAAGUUAUUGCUCAGCAAUAAUCAUGUUGUUACUGUGGAUUAACAACAUGUCUGAUUUCCCGACAGCAUUAUUAUGUUUUAUAUUUGUGUUGACUGUAUAUCGUGUGUGGUUUUAUUUGGUAUUUAUUUGUGUUUUGAGGUCUUGCAAUGUUUUUGUGUUUCCGAUGCUGAUAACUAAAGUUUGUAAGAGUGUAGAAUGCAAAACUUUGAAAUGCUAAACUGUCUUAUUAGAGGAAAAUAAAUCUGACUAAAGA